UAAGAUUGCAGUAAUUAAAAAUAUUUGUCUGAAGCAACAAACAAACCACUCUCUCUCUACCCCCUCGAGUGCUCGCCUCUCUCUCUACUGUAUCUCGAUUAGAGAGAGAGAGAGAGAGAGAUCAUUUUGAGGAAGGAGUAAAGCGAAAACCAUCGAAGAUAGCUAUGAGUCAGAGUCCAUUGUAGGGUUUUGGAAAAACCGAAAACAAAAUCAAAAUUGCCCCAAAAAACGAUUUCGAAAAGCAAUUCGUCUUCUCUUCUAUCGAAAUCACAGAAGAAACAGUGUGAGUCCAUGAAGAACUGAAAUGUCGGUUCGGAUUUGAACAGUAAUCGAAAGAUCUAGUUCGUGAAAUCGUUGAGCUAUGAGAUUGAAUUAACCAAGGAUUUAUAUGAUCUGGAAUAGACAGUGUAUGAAAGAAGUUAGAGAAGAGAUAGUGUCACUGAAGUCAGAGGAAAAUGAAAUCCGAUACUCCUCUUGAUUAUGCUGUUUUCCAACUGUCACCGAGGCGCUCGAGAUGUGAAUUGUUUGUUUCCAGUGCUGGAAACACCGAAAAGCUUGCAUCAGGUUUGGUGAAACCAUUUGUGAGUCAUUUGAAGGUUGCAGAAGAACAAGUGGCAUUGGCAGUUCAGUCAAUUAAGCUUGAAGUAGAACGCCGUAAAAAUGCUGAAACCUGGUUUACGAAAGGAACACUUGAGAGGUUUGUGCGAUUUGUUAGUACCCCUGAGGUUUUGGAAUUGGUCAAUACGUAUGAUGCAGAGAUGUCUCAAUUAGAAGCAGCUCGUAGAAUCUAUUCGCAGGGAGCAGGAGAUCAGCUUGCUGGCACAUUGAGUGGGGAUGGAGUCACAGCAGCAGCUGAUGCAACAAAGAAGGAACUUCUGAAAGCUAUUGAUGUACGGCUUGUUGCUGUAAGGCAGGACUUAACCACAGCUUGUGCUCGAGCGGAAGCUGCUGGUUUUACCCCAGACACAAUCUCAGAACUUCAACUGUUUGCAGAUCAGUUCGGUGCUGGCCGCCUAAACGAGGCAUGCAAUAAGUUCAUAUCGGUGUGCGAGAGAAGACCGGACCUGAUCAACCCAUGGAAGGCCGGAGUGGACGAUCGAGCCGUCCGAUCUUCGUGCGGCUCGGACAUGUCCUUAGACGAAGACCCCACAGAUGAUCAACCUGGCUGUGGGCCCAACCAUCGCCACUCGGCCGGCCGAGAACCGAACUCAACUCAACAACAUUUCGACCCAUCAAAACCCUCCACGUGGCAGCAACCCACGAAGCCCUCCUCAGUCGUCUUCCCCAUACGACGUAGCAGAGAGUCUAGCGUCGACAGGGAAGAUAGCAAAGAGAAGAAAGACGAGAUCGUGACUCAGAACGAGCCCACUCAACCCACUCAGCCUGCGAGGCGGCUCAGCGUUCAGGACCGAAUCAACCUCUUCGAGAACAAACAGAAGGAGAGUUCUGGUGGUGGUGGUGGUGGUAGUGGUGGAAAACCCGCCGUUGCGAAGUCUGCCGAGCUCAGGAGGUUGUCCUCGGAUGUGUCGUCUGCUCCGACUGUCGCUGCAGAGAAGGCGGUUUUGAGGAGAUGGAGUGGUGCCAGCGACAUGAGUAUUGAUUUGGGUGGUGAAAACAAGGAUAUUGAGAACCCUCUGUUUACCCCUUCUUCUUCCUCUGUUUCUCAAACCAAGUCAGAGGAGCAAAAUGCAUUGAAUGAUCGAGCUGAUUCUCAAGUUCGGGCUGGCCAAGAGGAGGUUGUUGAGACAAAGGUGGGUUUAAAGCCAGGAACCCAAUUGACAACAAAUGAUUCUGAGUCGAAUAAGUUGACCUCCACCUUGGGAAGAGUUGGGAGUGGUGAUUGGAAAGAUCGAACCCGUGGUAAGACUCAGACUCAGACUCUGUCGAGGUCCUCCUUUGGCAGCGCUGGGGAUGAGAGUUUGAGGGAUCAGGUAAGUUCUCAAACCCAAUUCACACCUUUGCCUGGUGGUAUUGCAGAGCAGAUUGGUUUGACGGAGCAAAGGAGGUUCAAGGGUUCUUUUUCUGGUAACAAGCGUGGUGGUAUCGAAGAGCAAGUUGUUGCUGGAGAGAAAGACCAGGCUGUUCCGCAGACCCAGUUGGGAGCGGAAGGUGUUGGAUCAAGAGGUCAGUCGGUUUCUCAAUUUAAGGCACAUCCUAAGACAGCUGUGGACUCUGGGCAGUUGGAAGGUGGUUCUGGAGAAAAAUCUGGGGAAGCCCCUGCUGUUCAGUAUAAAGGGAUUGAGGGUGAUUCAUUAGCUUCACCGUCCCAGUGGAGGUCCUUUGGAGAAGUUGAGGAAGUGGGAAAGAAAGAAUUGGGGUCAUCCGACAAGCAACCUGUCAAUUUCACAACGAAAGGGGAAGAUUCUGGGCUCCAAAGGAUGAAAUUCCAAAAACAGGUUUCUGUCUCUGAACAGAUUAAGAAAUCACAGGGUAGGAGGGAAGAAAGCCUUUCUGAUUAUAGAAAUAGCAGGCCAGUCUUCUCUGGUAAAAUGAUUUCGGAAGGUCAGGAAGAUGUUGGUACAGUUCCAGCUGUGUCAGGAGAACAGGCUCAGAGGGUAAGGCAGUCUAAAGGAAACCAGGAACGCAAUGACGAGCUGAAAAUGAAAGCAAAUGAGCUUGAAAAGCUUUUUGCUGAGCAUAAACUUCGGGUUCCUGGAGAGCAGUCCAGUUCUGCACGGAGAAACAAGCCUGCUGACAUGCAGAUAGAACAAGCAGUGAGUUUCCCAUACAGAAAACCACCAGCAGAGACAGCUUCUGCACAAUUGCCUGACAAAAAUACGGUGAAUGAACCUUUGAGAGGUUCAAGCAUUUUGUCACAGUUUAGUGUUACUCCACCAAUGAAAACGUUAGAUAAUCAAAAAAAUGGUGAUUCUCUAAAGCAGAAUUUCUCUGAGCUUGGUCUUUCAGAUGAUUCCAGAGGAAAAUUCUAUGAAAGAUAUAUUCAGAAAAGAGAUGCAAAGCUUAGGGAAGAGUGGGGUUCUAAAAGGGCAGAGAAGGAGGCCAAGAUGAAGGCAAUGCAUGAUAGCUUCGAGCGAAGUAGAGCGGAGAUGAGGGCCAAAUUUUCAGGGUCUGCUGAGAGACAAGAUUCUGCAUUUAGUGCUCGUCGGCGUGCAGAGAGACUCAGAUCAUUCAAUACUCGGUCAACUCUGAAAAGAGAACAGCACCCAAUAGAUCUUCUGCAGAGUGAAGAUGAAGAAGAUCUAUCUGAGUUUGCAGAACAGAUACCUAUUGGUCAUGAUAGGUUUUUUGGUGAGACAUCUCUAGGUGACACUGCUUCUAAAAACACCCAAAAUAAGAAGCUUUUACCCAAUAAAAGUUUGUCUUCUUCCACCCCUCGCACUUCAGCAGUACCAGUUCCGAGGUCAGCUGUGAAAUCUUCUAACCCUAGUUCUGGGAGACGAAGAAUGCAGUCUGAAAAUCUUCUGGCACAGUCAGUCCCCAACUUCUCUGACUUGAGAAAAGAAAACACAAAGCCUUCUUCUGGAGUUAGCAAAACAGCAACUCGCCCACAAGCAAGAAACUAUGCCCGCAGCAAAAGCAUCAGUGAAGAGAUUCCCUUUGUGAAGGAAGAGAAGCCACGGCGAUCACAGACCUCAGGUAAAAGCACUGCAAGUCCUGCUGAGUUUAAGGACUUGUCCUCUCUGGACUCAGAGGGCAUUGUGUUGACACCAUUAAAAUUUGAUAAAGAGCAAACUGAACAUACUGUCUAUGACAAAUUUCCAAAGAGUGUGGAGUCAAAGCCUUUCCUCAGGAAGGGUAAUGGUAUAGGUCCUGGUGCUGGUGCUGUUAUAGCCAAGAUGAAGGCUUCAAUGCAACCUGAGAAUAUGAACGAUGAAGAAGAGUCAGAUGAAUUGGCUUUUGAGCCAGAAGAGUCAGUGGAUGAAGUAAAAGAUGAAGAAGAGGAAGAGUCUGAAAUGAUUACUGAAGAUCAUGCUAGCAUGGAUAAUGGAAAACCAAGACUGAGCCAGGAAUCUGACAAGUUGCUUAAUUCUGGGUCAGAAAGUGGUGAUGCUCUGAGAUCUUUUUCUCAAGUGGACCCUUCUUUUGUGUCUGAAUUGCCUGCUGCUGUGCCUUCUACUUUCCACCCUGCUGAUUCUGUGCAAGAUUCACCUACAGAAAGCCCCGUGUCAUGGAAUUCACGCAUGCAACAUGCAUUUUCUUAUGCACAUGAGACGUCUGAUGUUGAUGCCUCUGCAGACUCUCCAAUGGGGAGCCCUGCGUCUUGGAAUUCACACUCUCUUAAUCAAGCAGAGGCUGAUGCUGCUCGAAUGAGAAAGAAAUGGGGAAGUGCUCAGAAACCUGUUCUAGUUUCUAAUUCUUCUCAUAGUCAUUCGCGCAAAGAUAUGACAAAAGGAUUUAAACGGUUACUAAAAUUUGCACGGAAAAGUCGUGGCAAUGAGAGUUUGGUUGACUGGAUUUCUGCUACAACUUCUGAAGGAGAUGAUGAUACUGAAGAUGGACGAGAUCCUGCCAAUCGGUCAUCAGAAGAUCUGAGGAAGUCGAGAAUGGGAUUCUCCCAAGGUCAUCCUUCUGAUGAUAGCUUCAACGAAAGUGAGUUUUACAGUGAACAAGAUCAAGCCUUACACAGUUCUAUCCCGGCACCUCCCGCGAACUUUAAACUGAGGGAGGAUCAUUUGUCUGGAAGUUCAAUUAAAGGUCCACGAUCAUUCUUUUCUCUGUCGUCAUUCCGGAGCAAGGGAAACGAUUCAAAGCCUAGAUAAGGAGCUCUGGACUCUGAUUGUUUGGGAUCGAUUAUCUUCUAGGAUAGGCUGCAAUGGAUGACAAAUAUAUAUGGAUAACAAGUGGUUGAGGUAGGCACGGGACAACCAACCAUCUAUAUAAGAUACAAUGGCGUUAUGUAUAUCUUCAUGGAUUUGUGAGGCCUUCCUCGUGAUUUUAGUCAGUUUACUUAUAGUUGGUGUUGAAUUGAUACAUUUGUAUAUUGUAUUAAGCGAAAAAAAUUGCCAAUUGGCAGAAUGUUCGUGAUUUUGGUAGUUGAAGCAUUCUAUUCUAUUCUUUUCUUGGUCUUCUUUUGAACUGGACUUUGUGUGAUGUAUAUCAGUUGUUGAAAACUCUUGUUAGAUACAAACAAUAUUAAGAGUUUUUAAGAAGAGUAAUGUAUUUAUGCAGGCUAUAGUUUGGUUACAA